AUGCCCGCUGUGGCAGUCAUGUUGCCCGGCUUGAUGCCUCAUGACUGCUUCAGCCCCACAGGAUCGCCCACUGAUUCCGAAGACUCAGACCGCAUUCAGAUCGCGGGCUCUUGUCAGUCGACCACCGCAAAGCGCGAGUGGAGGUUGGAGGGGAGCCCUACUUUUGGAACCGCUGAAACUGUCCCGGGCCUUUCCAGUCUUCUCAGCAGCGUUGGCCUUUCCAGCUACGAAACAGCAGCGGAAGCAUGGUGCCACCAGAUGGGAGCAGCACACUUGACGGAGUUGGCAGAGGAGGACAAUCUGAAAUCCUUCGGCGAAGCCUUGGGAAGCAAAGGUGGAUUUUCCGACUCUGCCCAGAAGCGUCUUAGCAAUGCCCUCAAGAGAGUGGCAGCCUCACCGCAGAGAGCCUGUGCUGCAAUUACUGGUCUGUACAAGUCAAGCUUUCUUCCUGCAGCAGAACAGCAAGCAAAGCUUUUCAGCCAUUGUAACUUAUAA